AUGUCCAAACCAGGCACUCGUCGCAUGCCCAGAGAUGUGUACGAGGGCAAAAAAGGAUUCAGAGAUUGGCCCGGGGCAGAUAGCGGCUGGAAACCACCUCGCAGCGAAGAUGAGCCAGAUGCGCUAACCAUGCGACGACACCGACUUGCUCAAUUUGUGCUCUCGGAAAAAGGUUCAUUCGUGCCGUCCAUUCAUACCAUCAUGAAAGAAGUCCGAUCUCCUGUGGAGACGCUGUCAGCCGUGAACGAACGGACCACGGAGCUCAAAAAGCAACACAUACGUGAUCUAGAGAAACUUUUUGCUUUACAAGGCGAACAACAUCGUCAAGGUGCUAUUGACAGAUAUUCAGCAAUAGACUUUACCCAGUUCCCUGAGCCACAUGAGGAAGAACGCGACAUAGUGGAAACCCAUACUGCAUUGAUGGAUCUUCACGAGAGAGGUCGACGAUCAAAAGCCUUGGAGGACGAUUGGGAUGACGCCCUCGAUCACAUUCGCUUCGCCCAUCUUCAAACUUUGUUACCGUUGUUGAAACGUAAAUCCGAAAUGGAACAACGGCGAGAUGCAUAUUUCCCAUCAUCUAUCCAGGAAUAUCACAUGAUUCGCGAUAGGGAUAUCCAACUACGCGUUGCCAGAUUUCUUGCACUAGAUUCACGCUCGCAGCAAGACAAAAUGUUGAGCGACUUUAACUGGGUAUGGCGACAAGUGACCCCCCUACUUGAUGAAUAUCACAAAAAUGAUGAAUUCAGGACAGAAAUAAAUGAGAUAAUUAAAGAUGUGAAGGCGGCAGAUCCGAGGAAAAGGUACCUGUAG